AUGGCGAAGCCAAAGGAGUCGACGCUGGUGAUUGAGAGUACUGAGUUGAUAUCUGGUGGGAAUAUUGAGGUGGUGGCUGGUGAGAAUACUGAGGUGAUGGCUGGUGAGAAUACUGAGGUGAUGGCUGGUGAGAAUACUGAGGUGCUGGCUGGUGAGAAUGCUGAGGUUAUUGCUGAUUUAGCCAUGCCUGAGAAUAUCCCAUCUACUUCAAGUUCCAGAAUUGCGCAAUGCAACUGUUGUGGGAUUCAUGAAAAAAUUUGUCCGCUGGCUACUGAAAUUGAACUUCAGUCAAUAAAUAAUCAUGAAGAACUUCAAGAAAAUUAUAUCAAAGUAACACCUCAUCAAGGUGAUGGUGAUAGUAUUGAUUCAGAGCUAAAUCUUGAGGAUGAUUUGUUGAAUAUCUGCAGUUCAUAUUUCAAAUCAUGGGAAAAUGAUCCUAAAAAGGAUAACGUUAAAAUUAAAGAAACUGACUUAGUCUAUCCUUCAUUGAAGGGUUAUAACUUUGAUAGGUUUCACAAAGAGCAAGCUAUGCCUCAGAAUUUACCACACAAUAAAAAUAUUUCUAAUGAUGCUAACGGUCGAAGUUUUGUACAAACUGAAAUUAACAAGCCAAUAAUUAAUAAUCAAUAUAAUUCCAAUAGUGAAAAUCUAUUUAAUGUACCUAUUGACAAUACAAAUUUUAACAGUGUUCAUAUUGCCAUCAUGAAAAAUCUGCUCAAACGAUUUAUCAACCCUGUUGAUGAGGUUACACAACUUCGACUUAUUAUGAGAGAUCUUUUGCUAUAUUAUCAACAGCAACUGGUCUUAUGUCAACCCAUUUCUAUUAUGGAACUCAAAAGUCUCUGUCAUAUUCUGGAGGAUACCAAAUUACGUUCCGAAUCAUUUCAGGGUCCACCCUUGUGUAAUACUUCCAUUCUUGAACCUGAACUUGCAUAUAGGAGGAACGUUUCUGAUAAAAACCAUCAUGUGAGAUUUCAACACUCGAAUAGGCCAAAGUUUGGAACAAGCGAAAUAAAAAUAUCACAACCAAGUGCUAGUUUUGAAUCACAAGAUGAGUCUUUGAUUUUUGUUCCAUUAACUCCUAAAAUUGAACAAAUGUUUGGUCUAUCGACUGUGGCUAUAGAAGAAGCAGAAACAGCAGAGGAAACCUUUGAUUCCGAAUGCGAAAAUAAUGCGGGUUCUAGUAAUGUUGAUAACAAUCAAGAUCAAGAUGUAUUAGAAGGAAAAUUUUAUUGGGAAUACAAGGCCAUUCUUUUAAUGUUAGAAGAAUACAGGAAAAGGAUUUCAAAGUUUAGAAAUCCGAAAUUUAAGAAGAAAUUAUUAUGGGACGAAAUUGCAAAUGUAAUGAAGCUGAAUGGAUACUUAGUUGGUUCUGAUACUAUUGACAAAAAAAUGAGAAACCUGAAAAACACAUUCCGCACAAUAGUUGAUAAUAAUAAUAAGAAAAAAACUACUGGCAGAGGGCGAAUGCAUUGGCCUUAA